AUGGACGUCGAUAGUGACAUGUUUGGAGUCGAGAAGAGUGGCUUUGUUGAAAGCUCCUAUCAGGUAAAUGAUGAUGUAUCAAUACCUGUCUAUGCUAAUGUUCAACUUUAUCCAUGUUCAAACUGUGGUCGUUGUUUUAAUCCAGAAUCUCUGCGUAAACAUCAACCUGUUUGUAAGAAAACUUCACAAAAACAAAGAAAAAUAUUCGAUGCCGGUAAACAACGUGCUGCUGAUUCUGAUGUGCCUUAUACAGCAACGAAAGAGACUACACAGUUUUAUACUGAAGGUGUUAAACCUAAACAAGAUUAUUUGAAGAAAAGACCAACUAAUUGGAGAGAAGGUCAUGAAUCAUUAGUAAGGUCAAUUCGUGAAGCUCGUCAAGUAACAAGAGCCAUAGAAACCGGUGCCCCAUUACCAAAAAAAACGCCAGCACAAGUUCCAAGUGAUUAUGUUCAAUGUGAAUAUUGUCAACGAAAUUUUAAUAAACAUUCUGCUGAACGACAUAUACCUUUUUGUGAAACUCAACAUAAACGAAAACAAAUGCAAUAUACAACAGCAACAACAGGUGGAGGAGGAGGAGGAGGAGGAGCACCAUCAUCAGCAAAUAAUGCCCGUGCUGGUACUGGAAGUGGAAGUAUUGGUCGAAAUGGACGUGCAUACCAACAACAACAAUAUGGCCUUGAAUCACCUGUUGGAAGUGCUAAUAAACAACAUCAAAUUAGUUCAGCACCUUCAACUUAUGCGUCAAGACGUCCACCAAAAAAUAAUGAUGAAAAAGAUUAUCGAAGACCACCAAUAAAUCCAAAUACAUUUAAAAAACCAAAUUAUGGAGAAACAGCUACAAAUGGUACACCACCGAAAUAUGGCACUUAUCGAGUAGCAAAAACUCGUAGUGCAACAGGCGUUUAUCCACCCGGUAUGAUGCGUACAGGGCGAACAAUGGAGAAUGAUGAUUUAAAUGUUAUAGCAGCUGGAAGAGGACAACAAAAAGCUGAUCCUUCACCUCAACCACAACGACGAGUAGUAGGAAUGAAAACACGAUCACCAAGUCCAGCACGUCGACCGUCACAAAGUAAUGGUGUUGUACAACAAUAUCAACAGCAGCAACAACAACAACAAAAGACACGAACACAAAUACCAGCAGCAGCAGCAGCAGCUAAACAUUGUCAUGAAUGUGGUGAUGCUUUUCCUGUUGAAUGGGCAAAAUUUUGUUAUAAUCAAGGUGGUAUUAUUACAUUGCCAGAACGUCAGUUUAAUUGUCCACCUUGUAUUCAAUCAAAAAAGUCUCCUUGCAGUAUUCCUUCAUCAGUUAAACCUCCAUGUGAUGGUAUGAAAUGUUUUAAUUGUCCACCAAAAUAUCUAUGUUUUGAUGUCAAUAUGUGUCAUUUUGCGAAUGAUGACGAUAAAACAAUACUAAAACAAGAAUCAAAAUAA